AUGACCAAAAAGAAGCGUCAUCAUCCCGAUGUCGAAGAGAUCCUCUCCCGGCCAUGGUGUUAUUACUGUGAACGCGACUUCGAUGAUCUUAAAAUCCUGAUUAACCAUCAGAAGGCGAAACAUUUCAAGUGCGAAAGAUGUGGGCGUCGCUUGAACACUGCGGGAGGGUUGAGUGUGCACAUGAGUCAAGUCCAUAAAGAAAACCUGACGGCAGUGGACAACGCUCUCCCGAACCGGGCUGGUCUGGAUAUUGAGAUAUUUGGCAUGGAAGGCAUUCCAGAGGAUAUCGUUCAACAACACGCGCAGCGCGUCCUGACUGCCUAUCACCAAGAGCAAGCUGAGCGGCAGGCAGGUGGUAGUAAGCUCGCCCAAGGCAGCCUGGGUCCUAAUGCGCCCAAGAAACCAAAACUCGAGUCGGUCUCGGAGCUCAAGAAGCGUUUAGCGGAGCACAAAGCCGCGAAAAUGGCCGCUGAGCAGCAGCAUGGAGGAAGCAGUGGAGGCGACACUCCGAACCCUCCGACUCUAGGGCAAAGCCAACCUCAACCAGCUUCGGCCGCCUCUCCAGCGUAUCCCAUUUACCAGCAACCAUACACUGCACCAACUACAAACGGUUCGUACAGUCAGCCUCCUUCUUUCACCCAAGCUCCAGCUGCAGUUGCUGCUCCCUAUCAAGCACCAAAUACUUUCCAAGUUGCUGGGUCGCCUCCUGUUGUAGGUUACGCGCAGGCCUCAACGCCACAGCCCGGACAACCAGCCUAUGGUCAAGUUCCACCUGUGGCAUAUCCGCACCAACCGUAUGCCCAGCCACCGCAGCCAUUAUUCCAGCAACAACAGCCGCCAAUGGGCUACCCACCACAACCUGGCUUUUCACCUCCCCCAUAUCAGCCGACAUAUGCAGGACAGUCUUAUCAUGGCCAGGCUGGCCUGCCCCCUCGUCCAUAUGGCACAGUGUCGCCAGCACCAGGGUUUCAUCAACAGUCUCCACCCAUGCAUUUGGCACAACGAGCUCAUUCUCCCACUACCAAUGGCAGUUUCCCUGCACCAGUUCGUACUGGCAGUGUAAGUCUACCUAGUGCUCCAGGAUUGCCGCAGAGACCAGCAUUUGGUGCUCCGUCUGUCAAUGCUUUCCAAUUCCAGCAGAUGCAUCAAGGCCAGAUUCCUGCUCCUCAAACGCAUACUGUACUUCAGCAUCGCUCGCACGAAGCCUCGCCGAAUCCUGUGGCGCAACAUCCGCCACCUGCCAGCCUGCCAACCCCCUCAUCUGCCGAUGAUGGCCAAAAUGCUUCAUCUCUAGAUGAUUUGAUUGCGAGUGCCUCGAAGCGAGCGGAUGCCAAUGCCGCAACAGCCGCAACAGCAACAGCACCACCGCAAAUACCCCCGCCCACCUCCGCCCCUGCCAAGGAAGAGACCACCGAGGACAAGGCGGAGAAGAAAGACAAAGAUAAGGAGAAGCCCAAAACAACCAGGUUGGUGUACUCUGAUAACGAGACAAGUCCGGAAGAGAAGAUGGCUUUGUUGGCCAGAUACACAUUUACUCCUGCCCAGAAAACUAUCAUGGUCUAG